UAUCUUAUAUAUAUACUAUAUACAUAUCAUUCCAGGUGUUGGGCUUCUUGUAAAAUUAGUGCAUAACUUAUUACUUGGAACUACUAUGAGAUUCAAAACCUUUGUCCCGGUGUUUUUCUGGAAUAACUUUUUUUCUGUGCACUUGACAAAGAUACUACUUCGCCAUACUAUACAUUACAUCCCUACCUAAUUUUCGGCAGCAUAUUUUAUCACUUAGAAGAAAGUAUAUUCAUAAGAGUAAAAUAAAACAGCCGAAGCCAGUGGCGGAAGACUCUAAUGUAAGGGUUCAAAGUUAUAUGUGACGUAAACAUAUGGCGUGAUGACUCCUCCCACAAAGUGAUGUCGACAAAAAGCUGUCUCUGAAAUUCUCAAUGAUUCGUACCUUGUCUACGCUUCGAGAAUGGUGGCCAUGAUAAGUCACUGACUCCGUGGUUGCAGGACAGCUUUUGUCAUUCUACUUGCACAAUUGUUUAGAAGUGAGGAGGUCCGUGGCAAACCCUACGUAAGCUUGAACAGGUAAAUGAAUAAUAGGGCCCUUUUUUGGGGAAGGAGUACACCCGGACAUCCAAUGCUACCAAGUUUUCGUCAUUUGUUGACUUCCAUAAGGUGCAGAAAGAUAAUUAUAUAUGCUCUAUAAAGCAAUGGUUGUUGAUUUCUUAGUAAAAUACAACUUGCGAAACAACAUUAAAACAAUCCAUCUCUGCAAUCCUACUUUGAAUCAACUGAAAGUUAGUCUCACAUUUAUAAGUCUCAAUUUUGCAAUUGUAGUUAACAUAAAAAUCUCUAGGAGUCAAUAGUUAAAUAGUUAUUGUUCCUGUCUGUUAAAUAGCACUGUCUUCUGAAGGCUCUGCAACGGAAAAUUUAGGCUAAGAAUGAGAAGGGAUUAGGAUUUGCCAAUGUCCAGCAGGUCACCCUAAAAUGGACUAGAUCGCAGGAAAUUGCAUCUAUAAAAUUCAAAAUUUUUGGGGGGAAGGACCCCCAGAACCCCCUCAGGGCUAAGCCCCAGAUGUUAACAAAGUCCGGCUCCGUCCCUGCUCAUGCCUCAUCACACUAAAAUCUCAAGAGCAAAAUUAAACUUGCACUUCAUCAUAUUAAAACCUACAUGGUGAAACUACUCAACUUCAUGUCUCAUCAAACUUAAAACUCAAAGGUGAAACACAGCUCACAUCACACCUCACCAAGCUUAGAGCUCGGUGGUCUACCUCCACUCAGACUAUAAGACUAUAAGCUCAGCUCGGUGUUGAAAUUCAUCUAACACCUCCUCAAACUAAAUGUCUAUUGGGGAAACCAACUGAUGCUCAUCCAACUAAAAGUGUAGUGGUAAAAAUGCCUAACCAGGCUGAAAGUUCAGUGGUGCAACUGUACUCACGCCUCAUCAAAGUAAAAGCUCAAUGGCGAAACUCGACUCAUUCUUCGUCAGUCUCAAAACUCAGUGGUGAAAAUAUCUCAUGCCUCAUCUAACUAAAAGUUAAGCGGUGAAGCAAAUCUCACACCUCACCCACCAGUGGUGUAACUCUGUCACGCCUCUUCUAAGUAAAAGCUCAGUGGUAAAACCCCAAUUACACACUUGAAGCUCAUUAGUGAAACUCAAAUUACUCCUCGUCUUUCAUAAUGCUCAAAGGAGCAUGGUGGUCCCAUUUUACUCAAUAAUCAAUAUUAAAUCAUUUAGUGUAUGCAAGACAUCUCAUAGUAACUCUUACAAACUAAUAUUUGUUAGGAAAUUAGGUUAACCACAUUAUGACAUUAUCAUUUUCCAACAUCCGUCAUUGGAACUCAAUGGUUCUACCUUAGUCGCACUACCAUUAACCAGAACUUCCAUUAGAACAGUGGCUGAAUCAUAUCCAUUAUCUACAUUUGAUGCCACCUAUAACCUGAUAGGGAUUCAAAAUAUCACUAACAUUCUGGCCGCAACAAAAUCAGACUGGUUUUGCAGUCAUCGCCAUGUGUAAUGAUAGCUAUAAGAAAUAAUAGUAAAUAGGGUAGCGUAAAAACAGAGAGAGAGAAUAAUCAGAGUACAGUGAAAAUAACGAGAAAGAGAGAGAGAAUUGAGCUUUGGUGUGUGAGCCAGAAUUUAAUCAACAAAACCUUAGUCAAAGGAAUGAACCAUAACACCAUCGCAAUUAAAAUCUUAAGACCGUCAUAAAACCUGUGACCUCUCACCAAACUUACUCAGCUUCAUUCGAUAAUGGAGCUCCGCCUCCAGGAGGAGGUAUUAACAUGUUAAAUUAUUGACUCCGCCUGGAAAAGGAGGAAUUAACAUGUUAACCCCACCUAAAAGGGGAUGGGGAAAAGAUAAGGAAACACCACACCACGAAUCAAGAAUCCAGUUGGGCGGAGAACCAAGAUCUACACCGCCUUAGGAGGUGGUGCCGAAUUCGAACCGAGGGUGGCUCAAGUUGAGAUUGACAGAAGACGCGAGAGAGGAGACUGGCAGCCGUCGUUGAGUACAGAAGCAAAAAUAUUGCCAGAGUCCAACAAUAGAUUUUUAAGUGUUGUAAUUUUACUUGUAAAUCUAAUUCUUUGCACAGUAAAGAAAGAAACUCAGCCGUUCGUCUCAUUCAAACUUCUCCUGAGAGACUUGGCCUAAUAAGAUUACUGGUCCAGAACUUACAUUAAGAAGAAGCAUCAAGUUAAACAUAGGACCAGACUGCAGAACGAAUUAUCAAGAAGCAGCAGCAGGUAAGCGAUCAUACAACUCGAACACUCUACCUUACGAAAAUGCACCACGCAGUGAAGAUAAUGAAAGAAAUGCACAUUUCGAGUUACAACAGUGAUACCAAUCGACGAACAUAACUUGAAAAUUAAUAACAACGGCGAAGAAUAAUAGUGAUCGAUAAAAUCCUGCUUGAAGGCGUCAACGAAAAGUGCAAUAACAAGACUUUAUACAAUAGCAAGAAGUUUCGUUUUCCCUUGAAGAAAAACGAGACGUAGAGUGUUAUGAAACGAAGGCAUAAUAAUGUAUGUGACGCAGACAUAACAUCAUCGAGUCGAGAUGUAGAACUACAGCAACUGAGAAAAACUCAAACCGAUUUCUAUACAUAAUCUGUUAAAAGCGGACGAGUGUAUUGCAGAUGAACGAAAAUACAUUCCCGUUAAAGAAUCAACCUUACUGAAGAAUUUUCGACAAGGACGAAUCUUUGCCGAAUAACGAGAAAACAGCGUCAGUCAAGAUUGAUUGGAAAACACAACAGGGAAACAGGCUCUUCUUUGUGCGAGAUAAGACGUGUACCGAGACCAGCCUGCCGUCGCACUUGCUCAGCAACAUCAUGGAGUGCCUCAGGAACCGGGAGGCGUUCGACAAGGGCGACAACAAGGCCAGCACGAGGACCAAACGUGGCAGCCGUAUUCGUCGCGGAGGCAGUGACUACAUCCGCGACGGAGGCAACGACUUGAAGGAGCUCGAAGCCAACGUGACUGAACUCGUCAGCGAGAAGAUGGAGUACAUGAUCGAUUCUCACGGGGCGCUCGCCGACCGCAUGAGUACCCUCGAAGAUAAACUGCAAAAGAUCACGGAAUUGCUCGUUCAAGGCAUCUACAGCAGCACCGGGUCAGAGCCUCCCAGUUCUAGCAGAGGGCAAACGAUGGCGGAGUUCCUCGUUCAUGCCAAGAAUUCUGGGUCGGUUCCUUCCAGUGCCAGAGAAGUGCAAGUCAGAGAUACGAAUGAAGAGCAAGCGUCGUAGCACAAACCAAUUUAAUGUGUCAAGGUCACAACAAAAUUAUGGCGGAAAGAAAGUUUAUUUAUAAUGUUAUGGCCGCAAAAGAGGUCUAAUCCAGAAAGCAAAAUGC